AAAUAAUUCAAAAUGAAAGAGACAAAUCAAUAUAAGCGAUAUAGUUGUUGUGCUGGUACUUCUCUUCCUAUAGACCAGAGGUUAUUUGCCAUCUGCUCAGAGGAAAUCCUUCUUCAGCGAUCUCGAUAAGCAUGGUUUCUUCACAGUCACACAACAUUCAAGGCUGGUUCAGCUUGAUCUGUGAGGAAGGAUUUGAUCUGGGAGCGCCGUGCACAGAGAAGAGCAUAAUAGACUUGAUCAACACUGUCUUCCUCAUCACUUACACCCUGUGCUUGCUUAUACUCUGUCUCAGAAGACAAUACAUCGGCAGAAACAGGCACAGGGAAUGGAUUCCCUUCGUCAUCUCCCUUUGUUGUGCUUUAACAGGCAUCUCAUACUUGACUGCAGGUUUGAGAGCCCUAACUCUCAAAGAACACAAGUCUAUCAACUGGUUCUUCUGCUUCAUCAGAAGUCUAGUUUGGAUAGCUCUAUCAGUUUCCUUGACCGUCCAACCCACGAAGCAGCUGGUGCAAAUCAUAAGCUUGGUGUGGUGGACUUCAUUUCCGCUUCUAUUUUCUGCAUACAAUGUGAAUUUCCUCUUGAGACAUCACCAAAACCUUCAAAUCCUCGAUCUCUUAUCCUGGCCCGUGUGCUUUCUACUUCUGUUCUACUCCAUCAAGCUCAUCGCUCGAAGGGAGCUUCAGGGAGGAGAACAUGACUUAUGUCAGCCACUGUUGAGCGGCCAGAAGAGCUCAAGGAAACCUGGUUUUUUUAGUCUCUUGGCAUUCUCUUGGUUAAACCCUUUGCUAAAGCUUGGUUACUCCAAACCUCUGCAACUCAACGACAUCCCUCCUCUGUAUCCCGAAGACACUGCUCAGCAAGCUUACGACAGAUUCUUCCAAGCAUGGAGUACUGCUCGAAGACACAGCAAAGGAAAAGCCACCAAUUUUGUUUCUUCAUCACUGUUCAAAUGUUACUCGAUAGAGCUUUCGGUGUCAGGGUUUUAUGCAUUACUGAAAGCUGUAACGGUUUCUUCUUCCCCGAUUCUACUCUACGCAUUUGUGUGGUACAACUACCUCGAGGAGAGAGAGCUCAAGAUUGGCCUUGCGCUUGUCGGUCUCUUGGUCGUGAUGAAGGUGGUGGAGUCCUUGUCUCAAAGGCAUUGGUUUUUCCAAUCGAGGAGGUUGGGCAUGAAGAUGCGAUCGGCUUUGAUGGCGGCUGUGUUCGAGAAAAUGCUCAAGCUCUCAUGCCAUGGAAGGAGAAGGCAUUCCGCAGGAGAAGUUGUGAACUACAUUGCGGUGGAUGCUUACCGGCUUGGGGACUUCCCCUACUGGUUUCACAUGGCGUGGAGUCUUCCUCUCCAGUUGCUGCUCUCAGUGGGGGUCAUCUUCUGGGCUGUUGGUCUUGGGGCACUACCAGGACUAGUCCCUCUGGCCAUCCUCGGGUUCGCGAACGUCCCCUUCGCUAAGAUCCUUCAAGAUUGCCAAGCCAAGUUCAUGGUGGCUCAGGAUGAUAGAUUGAGGGCAACAUCUGAGGCCCUGAACAACAUGAAGAUCAUAAAGUUGCAGUCAUGGGAGCAACACUUCAGAAGCAUGAUCGAGAGCCAGAGAGAUGUAGAGUUCAAGUGGCUUUCGGAUAUUCAAAACAAGAAGGCUUAUGGGUCUGCGCUAUACUGGAUAUCGCCGACAAUUGUUUCCACUGUGAUCUUGGCAGGAACAGCUGCCAUGGGAACUGCUCCUCUGAAUGCUAGCACAAUUUUCACAGUCCUGGCAACACUCCGAGUUAUGUCGGAACCGGUGAGAAUGCUGCCUGAAGUGCUCUCGAUUAUGAUCCAAACAAAGGUUUCAUUAGACCGCAUCAAUGCUUUCCUGCUCGAAGAUGAGAUCAAAGAAGAGGAUGUCAUGAAAAACCAGGCACAAGAUUCAAGCCUUGGCAUCCGAGUGCGAAAUGGAUCUUUUCUCUGGGAGACAGAUGGAUCAGUUCCCACAUUGAAGAAUCUGAAUUUGAGCAUCAAUAGAGGAGAAAAGAUUGCGGUUUGUGGGCCUGUCGGUUCCGGAAAAUCGUCACUCUUGUAUGCUAUACUCGGCGAGAUUCCUAAACUUUCAGGAUCUGUCGAGGUCUUUGGAUCAAUUGCAUAUGUUUCACAGACAUCCUGGAUCCAAAGCGGGACAAUUCGCGACAACAUUCUAUAUGGCAAGGCUAUGGACAAGGCACUAUAUGACAAGGCCAUCAAAUGCAGUGCAUUGGAUAAGGACAUCAACAAUUUCGAUCAUGGAGACCUUACCGAGAUUGGGCAGAGAGGACUGAACAUGAGUGGAGGGCAGAAGCAAAGAAUUCAGCUUGCAAGAGCAGUCUACAAUGAUGCAGAUAUCUACCUCCUGGAUGAUCCCUUCAGUGCUGUCGAUGCGCAUACUGCUGCAAUUCUUUUCCAUGAUUGCGUGAUGUCGGCUUUGAAACACAAGACUGUCAUUCUAGUCACCCAUCAAGUCGAGUUCCUCAAUGAAACUGAUGGAAUUCUGGUGAUGGAGAAUGGAAAAGUUGCACAAGAAGGAACCUACGAGGAACUACUGAAGUCCGGGGCAGCUUUCGGAAAACUUGUAAAUGCUCAUCAAUCUUCAAUCAACAAUUUAGGGUCUUCGCAACUUGAAAACCAAGCUCGAGCAGAAAACACUUAUGGUGAUCAAGAGAUCAAUACCAAUCAACCCACAAAACAGGAUAGUGAGGUUGAAAUUUCGACAAAGGGUUUCUCAGCAGUGCAGCUAACAGAAGAGGAGGAAACUGAAAUAGGUGAUCUUGGAUGGAAGCCAUACCAUGAUUACCUCCAAGUUUCAAAGGGCUAUUCUCUUUUUGUUUUGACGAUCUUGCUACAAUUGAUAUUCGUGAGCUUCCAAAGCCUUUCGAGCUAUUGGCUAGCCAUUGGUGUGCAAGUGCAGCAUUUCAGCAAAGGAAUUCUGAUAGGAGUUUAUUCAUUUUUCGCCAUUCUUAGUUGUUUCUUUGCAUAUUCUAGGACCUUGGCAGCCGCUAAGCACGGCCUAAAGGCCUCAAAAGCUUUCUUUACUUCGUUCAUGGAUUCGAUCUUUGAAGCUCCUAUGUUGUUCUUCGACUCAACUCCUGUGGGAAGGAUUCUAACACGGGCGUCUUCCGAUUUGAGCAUCUUGGACUUUGACAUACCUUACUCCAUUGUGUUUGUCAUUGCUGGAUCAACUGAACUCAUCGCGAUGAUCGUAAUUAUGGCAUCUGUGAUAUGGCAAGUUGUGAUCGUAGCAAUUCCAGUGCUGAUCAUAAUGGUCUUUGUUCAAAGGUACUAUGUGGCUUCAGCAAGGGAGCUUGUGAGAAUCAAUGGAACAACCAAAGCACCAGUGAUGAACUCUGCGGCUGAGUCAUUGCUCGGUGCUGUCACAAUUCGCGCUUUUGGCAUGAUCGACAGGUUCAUCAGAACUAAUCUACGACUCAUUGAUACGGAUGCAUCCUUGUUCUACUACACAGUGGGUACACUUGAGUGGGUGCUACUUCGCGUCGAAGCACUCCAAAAUUUGACAAUUUUUACUUCAUCUCUUUUCCUUGUUCUGCUUCCUCCAACAGUGAUUUCUCCUGGAUUUUCUGGCCUCUGCCUAUCCUAUGCUUUGACGCUCUCUAGUUGUCAAGUCUUCUUGACGCGAUUCUACUCCAAUCUCGAAAACUUUGUCAUAUCGGUAGAACGGAUAAAGCAAUUCAUGCAUAUCACACCUGAGCCGCCGGCGAUCAUCAAUGAGAGGAGGCCUCCACCUACAUGGCCUAGUGAAGGGAGGAUAGAUUUACAAGAACUCAAGGUGCGAUAUCGUCCAAAUGCUCCUCUUGUUCUCAAAGGAAUCACUUGUGCCUUCAAAGCAGGCAACAAGAUUGGGGUUGUUGGAAGAACCGGAAGCGGGAAAACCACCCUCAUAAGUUCUCUUUUUCGUUUGGUCGAUCCUAGCAGUGGGAAGAUUCUUAUUGAUGAACUUGACAUAUGCUCGAUAGGCCUUAAAGAUCUUAGGAUGAAGCUCAGCAUAAUACCUCAAGAGGCUACUCUUUUCAGAGGCAGUAUCAGAAGUAACUUGGAUCCUCUUGGCCUUUACACUGAUCAGGAAAUUUGGGAGGCUCUAGAAAAAUGUCAACUGAAAACAGCCAUCAGUAGCCUUCCUACUCUUCUGGAUUCAGCUGUGAAUGAUGAUGGCCAAAACUGGAGCGCCGGGCAGCGGCAACUCUUCUGCCUCGGCCGCGUUCUUCUCAGAAAGAACCGAAUUCUCGUGCUGGAUGAAGCAACUGCAUCCAUAGACUCUGCAACUGAUGCUGUGUUGCAAAGGGUCAUCAGGGAAGAAUUCUCAAACUGCACAGUUAUAACCAUCGCGCACAGAGUGCCAACCGUCAUCGACAGUGACAUGGUCAUGGUUCUUUCUUAUGGCAAAAUGGUGGAGUAUGAUGAACCUUCGAGACUGAUUGAGAGCCAGAGCUCUGCCUUCUCUAAGCUUGUGGCAGAGUACUGGUCCAACUGCAGAAGAGAUUCCUCUCAUUCACUUUCAAGCCAUUGAGAAGGGAUGUGCAUCGUAUAAUAUCUUAGUAGAAGUUAAGUAUUAAGCAUGUGAAAUUAAAUAAAGUAUUAAGCAUGUUAAAUGAAUUUCACGUGUUGUUAGAAACAGAAAUUUAUUAAUCAUUUCUCAUUAUUUUCUCCUCAA